GAAUUAUUAGGGAGGGAAAAAUAUCUCGGAAGAGGGUGUACUCAGCACCCGUACAGACAGACGAACGGAGGGAGAUGAUUAGACGGCAUUAACACGAAAUAGUGUUUUUUUGCUGCUGGAUGUGGCCAUUUCCCCCGUGCUCUCUCUUCCUCUUUCCUCUUCGCAGCAUCCUGGCGCAAUUUCGAGCCCGAAAUUUCCACUUAAGCGUGCUGGAGCAGGCAUUCAAUCUCCUGACCGUGGUAGCUGGAGCGCCACAUGAAGAGACAUUCGCAGAGAAAUAAGUGUCUUAUUACGAUCGCAUCCUUUUUCCAAGCGUGGCACGUGUUGGCCAUCGCCUUGGUCUUGACUGUUCCGACUAGGACUUUUCUAGUUUGUCUUCGAUGAGCGUGGGUCAGAGGAGAGGUUAGUUUUACAUGCUAGGGUUGCACUCCAAAAUGACACUCAUGGUUUCGGAAAGUGGAGUAUUAAUUAACUUCACUACGAGUCACUUGCUGUACGUUAGUCAGCAAUCUAAUGCGCGGACGUGAAGUCGGGUUGGGAAACCGGCAGGGGAGGAUGCGGACUUGCUCGGGAUUGCCAGUAGGCCAGCGGAGGGGUGCACUAGGCCGGUUGUAGUGUUUAAAGCGCCAAAGUUUCCUAAGACUUGGUAGAUUGCUGCUGCAGGUUAUCAUCAUUGUCGUGUUGAUGAAUCUGACAUCCUUCGACUUUGCACCACUGGCGGAGACCGUAUGGCUGGCGUUGCAGUACCCAUUGCAUCGUGUGGAGAUUGUGCGUGGAACCGGCCAUUGAAUGCCUGUUGAGGUUGUGCCUUUGUAUGCUGACGUGUUGUUGCCCUAAGAACUACUCUUGAUCUACUUUUGAAGUAGAGUCGGGUGGCUCUGCAGUUCGACUGUAGUUAGAGCUCGAGAGAUUGAGACGAUGUGGAUAGGCAGGGAGGAAUUUCGAGGAGAAUGUCAAGGAGGUCAUGGCGGUUGGAGUCUCUACCGUCUUCGGUUUCGAUGAAGGGUGCUAUUAUGGUGGCCGUUCUGGUUAUGAAGGAGAUUAGAGGCCUCUUCAAGAGGGUUCGUUGUGAGCAGAUGAUUCUUCUUUCUCGGAAAGUCUCGUAGCGCGUCUUGGAACUUGUUGAAUAUGGCAUAUUGAGACAGAUCCUUUAGGCAGUUGAUUACGACCUCAACCUCGACGUUCCCGAAGAUGGACCUCGAAGGAUCCGAAGAAUCUGAGGUGACAAGACCGUAGGUGAAUGAAUGAGCUGAAUACUCAGUUGACAAGGGAAAAGGAGGGAGUGACGGAGAUGUGUGCACUUUCGUAAGUGCGAAGUUUUAGUGCGAGGACUGUGCAGCACACACUCAUCGAUGGAGAAGCUAGGUCUGCUGUGUAGCUUGACGUUGCUGGUGUCGUGGAUCAUCGCACCUGCUGUUGGACAAACAGGAACACAGGAAGAUAAAUUCCUGAACGACAAGGAGAGAAAAGUUCGGCUCCUUGCUCGCCAUGCUCUUUUCUUGCAACUUGCAGCGGAGGCGACCGACUGCGGUUUGUCAAAUUGCGUUGAUAAAUGCUCCCGCCAUUCGUGUUCGCCAACAGUCAAAGACAAAUUUACAUGUGUUAAAUCUCCUAGAGCUGUCCCAGACUGUGUAAACCCUACCAACAGCAGUGCAGCAUGUGAAACAAUGAUGGUAGACUUCACCGGGAAUGGCUUUGUGCGCGUUCCUCCACAGUUCCAGGAUUAUCAAAAUCUGAGUCCAGAGCUAACGAGAGCGAUAUGCGCUCAAGCAAAUCUUCAAUUUCCCGCCAGCAGUGAAACAAUCUUCAAUGAACUUACUUUCUGGAAUUACUUCGGAUCCGCGGAGGGCGCAUGGCGUAUUUACCCUGGUCGAGAGGCGGAUCCUGAUAAGAGCUGCAUAGAGUACGACCCUCGGAAAAGGCCCUGGUAUAUAACAGCAGUAUCUGUUGUCAAGGACUUGGUAGUGCUCCUUGAUACAGGGCAAGUGAAUGAUUCUACUUUGACACAUUCAAAGACCAUUGUACAAGAACUACUCGGCACUUUUAGGCCUGAAGACCGCAUCAACUUAGUCACAUUCGACUCCACUAGUGCAACUUUAUUUCAACCGACUUCCGUUGUUAUUAAAGGGGAACAAGCUCCUGAUCUAGUGUCCAUUUUUAAAAUCUCGUCUUUAGCGAGCGGUUCACGAGGAUUUUCGAACAUCACGCGUGGAUUUGAGCAGGCAAUAACAGCCUUCAACGCAACCAGUUUACUCAAGAUGAUCGUUGUACUGACAGACGGGAAUUUCGCAAAGAGUGGAAGCUACAAUGAUUCAGCUCUUCAACAAAUGGUCUUGACUCUUAAAACAGAAGGCGUUAUUGUUUUCUUUUUCAGCGUGGGCGACGACACGCAAACUGAACCUGAUCCUCUGAUUGAGCUUCGGAGUUUAUCUUGUCUUAUGAAUAGCACUGUGAAUCAUGUCAGUCUUACAGAUGCGCAGCGGAAUCCUCUUUGGGCUAUACGUCCUUAUUUCGACUAUCAAGCUUCUUUGAGAUCUGCAGCCAACAACACAUUCUGGACAGAAACGUACAUCGACUUCGACGGAUUGGGCAAUGUUUCCACCGUUACUUUUCCAGUUUUCAGUGAAGGAAUUCUUUAUGGAGUAGCGGGUAUAGAUGUGGUGGUGAAAUCAGAUGAGGUUUCUCUUGCCAUUAAGCAGAGAUUAAUCGAUGCGAGCGUCCCGAGUGCUCCAUUAGCGUGUCAAAUGAGCCAGGUAAACCUUACAAAGUGUACCAAACCUGUGGAAGAGCAUGAUAAAGCUCUUUGCCUUCCAAAUCUGUUCAAUAAUGAAUCACCACGAGACACCUACUUGAAAAAUUUAUGCUGCGACACUUGCAAAUAUAAAGGACCUCCAAAAAGAGAUAUCACGAACUUGUUGCUCGGUGCUAUCUUACCUGGUCCCCUUGUCCUUCUCACCAUUGUUUUUGGGUUCAUCCUUAUGAGGAGAAGAGCUGCUAGGACCUCCAUGAGAGAAACAAAAGAAGAUUUUGCGAGGCAGAAUGUUGCAACAAAUCAGUAUACUUUUAAGGAGUUGAAAAAUGCAACUCAGAAGUUCCACACGGCUAAUAAACUGGGUGAAGGCGGCUUCGGAGAAGUAUAUUUGGGGAAGUUCAAGGAUGGCACAGUGGUAGCUGUGAAGAAGCUGUCUGAUAAUUCGAAGCAAGGAGCACGCGAGUUUUUAAAUGAGGUGAUUGUAAUUAGCAGAGUACAGCAUCGAAACCUUGUGAAGUUGUGGGGAUGCUGUGUUGAGAAACGGCAUCGGUUGCUAGUAUACGAAUAUCUGGAGCACAGAAGUCUUCGUCAGUCCUUGCUUGGUGGUCCAAAGGAAGCCAUCGAGAUAAAUUGGCAAACUCGCUUCAACAUCGCUCUGGGAACUGCGCGAGGACUAGCCUAUUUGCAUAAUGAAAUCACACCUCGAAUUAUACACAGGGACAUCAAAGCUAGUAAUGUUCUUCUGGAUAGUAAUCUAGAAGCCAAAAUAGCUGAUUUUGGCCUUGCCAAAUUGUUCCCAGAGGAACACUCUCACUUCACAACCAAUGUCGCUGGAACAUUAGGGUAUGUCGCACCGGAGUACGUUACACGAGGCCAGUUGACAGAAAAGGUGGAUGUAUAUAGCUUCGGGGUAGUUUUGAUGGAAAUUGUAACGGGUGAGGUGAACAUGAAGCGGACUCCCUCAGGAUCCUUGCUUUUCCUCGUUGACAGAAUUAGGUGCAUGUAUAAACUAUCGCGAACAAACGACGAUGAUCAGGUGCUGCUGAACCUUGUGGACUCUAGAUUGGAUGGCAAUUUCGACAAAAACGAAGCGUUAAGGAUUUUUAAGACAGCUAUACUGUGCACAUUGGACAACCCAGACUUACGGCCUACAAUUCCUCGAGCAAUCUCAUUGCUUCUAGGGACUGAAGCUAUCGUAGAGGGUGAUUUGCAACCCGUUAUGAAACUAGAAUAUUCUAAGUCUUUGCACGCUGUAGAAUUUGGAGUAACUGAAGAGUGGUCAGAUUGCGAGACAGCCGAGAAUCCACCUCUUAUUAGUGUACCUUCUUCUAGAUAACGAGUGGUACUCGAUGCAUCAGUCCGCUGAUCACGAGAACUUGUAGAUGUAACGUUAUUUUCACAAUCUGUGAGCAAAUUAUUUUUGUUUUUAACUUGUAUGACCCAAGCGAAAGUCAAAAAUGCAUUUUCUUCUUCUA